AACGAGGAAAGAAUAAAGAAUGGCGGCGCACUCGUGCUGACCUCGUUCGCUUGGGUCCUACCGCCGCCGCGUCGUGGGAGGAGGAUCGAACUGCUCCCGUCUUCCCCACCCUUCCCGUCCUCGGUCCUCCCCCGGAUUGUUCCCAUCACCAGAACGUCUCGCGUCGUCUCCUCUGCCCGCGGACCCUAGGCUCCCGCAUGGACGCUGCCGGCGGGGUGGAGGCCGCCGCCAACGGCGGGAUCGAGGGCUCCGCCGACCCCUGCAGCUCAGGCGGCGCCGGUGGGUACAGGUUCUCCGUCCACCAGAUAGCCGGCGGCGGGAAAGCUGCUGAUAUCAUCUUAUGGAGGCGAGGGCGUGUUACAAUUGGUGUUAUAUUUGGUGCUACUGUGGCAUGGUGGUUGUUUGAGAAGUCUGGACUAUCAUUAUUAACUAUUUGCUGUGAUAUAUUUCUCAUCUUGAUAGUUCUGCAGUUCUUACGGGUUAAAAUAGCUGGACUGCUAAAUAGGCAGCCUAGGCCACUACCUGAGUUAGUUUUAUCAGAGGAGAUGGUUAGCAAUGCUGCGGCUUCAUUCCGUGUUAAAGUUAACAACAUGCUGAUGAUAGCGCAUGACAUUACUCUUGGCAAGGACUUCCGACUAUUUUUCCAGGUUGUGCUUGUUCUUUGGCUGUUAUCUGUUAUUGGAAAUUUCUGCUCGUCAAUCACUCUUGCUUACAUAGGAACCAUUGCAUUGGUCACUAUACCUGCAUUGUACAACAAAUACCAGCGGCCUGUUGAUAGGUAUGCUGGGAUGGUCCACCGGAACAUAUCGAGGCAUUACAAGAUAGUUGAUGAGAAUGUGAUCAGCAGACUACCGAGAAGGUUUAUCAGAGAUAAAGAGGAUUGAUACUCGAAACAGGAGCUCGCUAAGCUAGUCAAGUAUUAUUGUAUCUAUAUUCUUAGACCUUAAAAGGUGUGAAACUAGAGAGUUAGGAAACCAGAAAAAAGCACGAAACCUACAGUAGAUACCGUUGCAAUGUACUCUUGGGCAAUAAGGUUUGGGAUGAAAUUAAAAGGUAUAGCUUUCUGUGUUAGCUCUUUAAUCAACAAAUUGGCUAAAUGUUGUUAAAAAUAACAAAAGCAAAUGUCAUGGAAAUGUGAAAAUGAAGUGGUAUAAUGUAAUGUCCUGUGUCAAAAAACUGCUUAUAUGGUCUAGCUCUGUGCAUGAAAUGGGCAUGUAUACAUAUAGCAUUUUGCUUACACUUUCAUCCUCACUUCAUGUAAAAGGGUUAAUCCAGAGGUGUUAUGCUUGGAAUGACAAGUGUAUGCGUAGCACCUCGCCUUACACUUUCAUCCUCGCUUUGUGUAAAAGGGUUAACCCAAAGGUGCUAGUUUAGAGCAACAAGUGCAUAUGUGUAUUAUCUCA